AUGCCCCCCACCCAGCCCUGGAGCCCCAGCCCGGAGGCGGCGUCCUGGGACUACUCGGGGUCCGGGUCCGGCGCCCUGGAGGAGGAGCUGGAGCUGUGUGCGUCCUGGGAGCUGCCCUACGCCCGCGUCUUCGUCCCCACGCUCUACCUGGCCGCUUUCGCCGUCGGCCUGCUGGGCAACGGCCUGGUGCUGCGGCUGCUGGCCCGGCGGCGCGGCCCGCGGCGUCUGGCGGACACCUUCGUGCUGCACCUGGCAGCCGCCGACCUGGGUCUGGUGCUGACGCUCCCGCUAUGGGCCACGGCGGCGGCAUGGGGCGGCCGCUGGCCCUUCGGCCGCGCGCUGUGCAAGCUGAGCGGCUUCGCACUGGCCGCCUCGCGCUGCGCAGGCGCGCUGCUGCUGGCCGGCCUGGCCGCGGACCGCUACCUGGCCGUAGCCCGGCCGCCCAGAGCGCGCCCGCUGCGCUCCCCACGGUGCGCGCGCACCCUGUGCCUGGGCGCCUGGGCCGCGGCGCUGCUGGUCGGCUUGCCCGCCCUGGUCUCCCGCGACCUGCAGCCGCGGCCCGAAGGCCCGGGCAGCCAGUGCGGGGAGCUGCCCUCGGACUCCCUCCAGGCCCUCACGCUGCUGCUGCUGCUGCUCACCUGCGCGCUGCCCCUGGGCGCCACCUUCUUCUGCUACUGCCGCCUGGCGCACCGUCUUCGCCAGCCGCGGCCCCUGGGCCGCGCCCCUGCCACCCCGCUGCGCAUCAUCUGCGCCGUCGAGGGCGCCUUCGUGGGCUCCUGGCUGCCCUUCAGCGCCCUGCGCGUCGUCCUCCACCUGGCGCACCUCGGGGCGGUGCCCCUGCCCUGCCGCCUGCUGUGGGCGCUGCGCUGGGGCCUCACCAUCGCCACUUGCCUGGCCUUCGGCCACAGCUGCGCCAACCCGCUCAUCUACCUGCUGCUGGACCGCUCCUUCCGAGUCCGGGCCUGGCGCCUGGCGCACGGGCGCAGCCCGGGGACUUCGAGCUCCGGGGACCCGGCCGGAAGCUGGGGACAGGCGCACACGGACAGCCCCGCCGAGGCGGGUCCAGCCUGAGGGCAGCCCGGGGAGGCGGCUGGAUCCCCCAGACCAGACGCAUCUCCCCUGCCGGCAGCGCGCCGCCCGGCCAGCACCAGGGACUCCUCCGCCGUCGCCCUCCCCGACCUCGGGGCCCCAGGAGCUCCCCCAGCCAGGCGGCAGGGCGGCGGUCUCUCAGCCCAGUGGCCGCCUGGGCCGACUCCCUCUAGGCUGCGCCACCAGCAGACCGCAGCCAGGACGCCCAGGGCCCACCAGGUCCAGGAGAGGGGAGUGGGCUUCUUCUCUGCCCUCAGCAGCAGCAGCAGCAGCACCAGCCGCAACCUCCACCUCAGACCCGAAGCUGCUGUCUCCAGCCAUGGUGCCUGCAGAGCCCCCGCGUCCUGAGAAACACCUUCUCCGCGUCAGACCACGGGCCUCUGCCUCUCCAGAAAGCUCCAGGGACCGUGGGAACAGGCCGCCCUCCUGCGUGUCACCCUCGCAGACCUCGCCGUGUGGGUUAGUCACGUCAGCUCAGGUUUUCAGUUUCAGAGUUCACCAAAGCCCUGGGAACCAGCCCCGGCGCGAGCUGCCUGGUGAAUCCACCCGGCGACUUCCCCGAAGGGCUGCCCUGGGUGGACACCCUCGCCCCGCUCCGCGGAGCUCACCUGGCAGCCGCCGGGGCCCUUCCCUGGGGUGGGGGAACCGGGGAUCCCUCACUCAGCAGACGGUCAGGUCCUCUGUCACACGGCCGGGGACCCCGGAAUGUUCUGUGCGGGUUCCCCUUUCUCAAUAAACGCUG